CUUCAAUAUCAUAACAUAUACUCUCAUAAACUCAUAGCAUAUUAUUGGUCACAUAAGAGCGUCGAAGGCUAUGUAGAAGGAAAAGGGCAAUUGGAAGCAAGUGAAUGGUUUACCGGACAAUAUUCGCAGUCUUAAAGCAUGCGCUUAUCCCAGAUGACCAACCUUCUUAUGGCACUCUCUGUACUCUUAUGUCGCGGACGCAGCUGGACCGGUGUUGCAGCGGCUCUACCAAGUCGUCUCUGCGUCGCACUGCAUCUUUAGUCUGGAAACAGGACGUAUGGUCUUCAACAUCCCAUUCUACGGGUGCCUACCAGGCGGUUUUCAUGCUCUGCAAGCCUUUGGGUGUGUGGGCCUUCUUGCCAACCAUCAUUGCUCUAUCUGGCGGGCUAUGCUGGCUCCUAGGGGUGCGCUGGCUGCCAGCACUUAAGGGGGCUACCGGCUUGCCGGCAUGUCUGGUACAUGCGGCCCAAGCUGAAGGCUCAUCUGGACACGCAUGCAUGCUGCGGUGCGCAAGCGUUCACACCUUCAUGGUCCUGCUGGUGACCGCGUGCGUCCUUUCCUUGGCGGCCGCGUUGCUAGCGGUGGCGGGUCGCCGGCGGCAGCAUCAGGACCGUAAGGGGGUGGACAGCAUAAGCACCGUUAAAGGCUUGGCACGACGCGGACAGCAACAGCACGGCGGCGGGUGGCGUUGCGGCGUUUCGCGCUGGCAGCAGCAAGAAACGGAACUACAGCAGUGCAGCCUUGCCCCUUGCCCCAGGCGCAAUGCUCCGACUGACAAGGAGUCCUGCCUGCUGGGCUGUACAACCAUGUACGACAACGCAUUGUGGGCAGCUUUGGGUGCCGUACACGGGUUGCAGUACCGCCCGGUUACUCACAGCUGCCAGGUGCACCUUCGCUUGGCAGGCCUGGAACCUGGGCAGCUUCAGCUUGGUUGGCAGGCGCAUCUAAGCAGGCUCUUUGCUUCAAGGGGCUGGUGCGUCCUCAAUUCAGCCGUCCGGCGCGGCAGCAUCUGCAUAUCCUUCACGCUUGCGGGCAUGCGCUUCUUCACCUCGGCUGCCUCAGCUUCCGCCGCUGCGGGGUCUGCUGCCGAGGGCCAGGGAGCUGCCGCACGCGGGCCUGACCACAGCAGCGGCGGUGGCAGUAGCGAUGGAAGCGCUAACAGCAGUUAUGCCCCCGUCGACGCCUGUGCAGCGUCCUUGCAAGCCGCCCUGGACUGCGUGGCGUCUGUUUUGUCGGUCCCAGAGCAACUGCUGGCCAGCCUUGGGUUGCGGCGUGAGGAGUUGCCGGAGGGCUUUUCCAUCACAGUCCAGGCUGUCGCUGACGACGGUCGCUGCCACCGUGUCUGCUACAAGCUCCAGCCCGACAACUGUUGGACUCGAGAGCUGCUGCCGAGUGGCUUCGGCGAAGUCCACUGCCCAAAUAGCCUUGAGGACGCAUCCGGGUCAACCGCCUCACCAGACCGCACGGCUCUGCCAGCAGAUGCAGCGGAAAGCAAUGCGCCUGCUGGCGCCGACGCACCGGAUGUCUCCAAAAAAGCGAGCGGCAGUACAGCCGAGCAUGCUGUUAGCCGCGAGGAGGCGCUGCUGCCACCGCUAAUGGCAACAGCAGCAUCGUGGACAGCGGCCGCGCCGGGUGCUGCUCGCGAGUGGCACAUGGACGCUCCUCUGGUGCUUAUGGGGGUGCCGGAGCCGCAGGGUGCAGGUGCUGGGUUUGCAGCUGGUGCGGCUCAUGCUGCGAUGGGGACUGCCCUUAGCCGCGGCGUUGGCGCCGCCAUGGUCAGCGACGGAGCCGGGGGUGAAGGCUGGAGUGUACAGCGCUACGAGGCGAUAGUGAGGACGAGGCCUUCGUUGCCAGCGGCUGUGGAAGGUCGUGGCGCGCCUGCGGACGGUGGUGGCGCAGAUGGCAGCUGCAACGAUGUCAGCGCGAUGGAGUUGUUCGGACCCGAUGAUGUAGCGCACUUGGAGAUUCAAGCGCAGCUCCUUGGCAUGGCGGGAGAGGUUUCGGAGCUGCAUGUUGAGCAUACCUUUCUUGGUGGGGUCAUUGGUGACAAGGGGCACAGUCUGCUAUCUUGUGGGAGCCAUGUCGGUGCAGGACACAGCGGCUCAGGGUUGGAGACCGCCGCUGCUGUUGCGGAGGCAGCUUCUCAGCCGGCCAUGUCGGAUGCUCUUCAUUCGGCCGAGGCUUCGGUGCCGGGCGGUAUCUGGCACCUUGUGCUGCGGCAGCAGCAGCCGUCGCCGCACACAGCCACACCGCUGGCAACGUCGGAGCUGACAUGGCGCAAGGGGUUCCGUAGUGUUUCCGGCACGACAUCUAACGCCGCUGCAGCUGGCGCUCUUCCCCUUCCAUCUUGGAAGCCGCAGCUGGUCGACCUCAGCCUCUGGCGCGGAAGAGAGCUGCUUGCGGCCCGCGUGGUACUGCUGAUACCGUCAGACGAGCAUGAUUCCCAUCGCCAUUCCGGCCACGCUGCUGCCUUUCCCAGGGGCAGUAGUGAGGAGCAGGGUCGGCUUGCGGACAGGCCCUGGGCAGAUGAGUUGCGGCAGCUGCUGUCCACCCAGCCGGCAGACGCCGCACAAAAUGUGCUGAUCGACCUGGGUUUGCUGCUGUCUGGCGCGUUCGAGAAUCUUGCAUUCAGGCGCUGUGUCCGUCGGCAACCUUCUGGAUUGCUGGGGGCUGGAAUGGCUGCUGCAGGGGCGCUCGCCGCAGCCUCGGAGGAGCCAUCGGGAGGGGCCACCAGGGACCCCGCCUCUGACCAGCAAACCCUGCUCAUCUUGGACUUGGGCUGCGGGCUGCUGUCAUUGGUGCUCAAGCACGGCGCCUGCUCCCUGGCAAAGCUGCUAUGGCGCAGCUUGGAGGAGCUAAAUUUCGGAGCAGAGGAGGUUUUGCUACACGCGUCUGGCAUAGAGAACGGUCUUCCACUGCUGCAUGCGGCCGUCACAUCGGGCGAGCUGCAACCGGUUCAGCUUGUCCUCACCUGGUACACCGCCGCCUGCGUGCCGGAGCCUUGGCUGCAACCCGUGCGGCUGGGGGGCUCCCCCGCGGUACUCACACCGCUGGUGCUGGCGUCAGCGUCCGUACCGCCUGGAUUCCUCCUGUCGUACAUUCUCCGUAACCACCCCCAGGCGCUCGCUGCCUGGCGGGUGCCCGUGAACGGUGCAAGUGGUCGGUCGGCGGCGGUAGCAGCGGGGCUGUGGCGAACAGUCCUGGCGGAGGAUGCAAGGAUGGCGCUGUCCCCUGCUGCCGCCGCGGCGGCUGCUUUAUGCCGCUGGUGGCGACGGGAGCCACGACGGCAGGCCGCCACUGUGGCUUCUUUUUCGACGCAGCUCCCGUGUGAGGCCGGAGGUCUUAGCUCGGAAAACGUGGCAUGCGGCUUGGAGGGCGGCCCAGCUUCGAAGUCCGGGUCCACAGCCGCGUUUCCGACAGUGUGCGAUGUAGGUGGCAGCAGCGUGGGAGUGUCAGGCUCUUCUUGGCGAGCGAUGGAUGCAGCUACUGGUCCCAAGGCUGCGGGCGUGAGGUCCCGACGUUGUGGGCUGGCUGCAGCUGCUGCUGCCCUGGGCAAAUCAGGCAUGGCGACGCCAUCUGGAGUCCCGGCGCUUGACCUUGACAGGUUCGUGGCGCAGCGCACUCGGGCUCUCAUGUUGGGCUUCCAGUGCGCCAUCAUACUGAACCAGACCUUGUCGCAGCUGAAGGCUAUUGUCAGCGCUUUCGGCGCUACCUGUCCUGCCCCUGCAGCAGCAGCAGUAUCUGACGCCGGUAUCGGCGGAUCAAGCGGCGGCUGGGCAUGGUUGGCCGUGGUGCGGGCUACCGGGCGGUGCGUUGUGGGGCGGCUGUGGUGGACGGCCGUGGAGGCAGCUGUGGCGGCGGCGGUGGCGGUCUACGGGCUGAAGCGCUACACGGCAUGCUGUGUCGUGCUCACAUUCCUGCGGUGCGCUUUCCAGGGAGGCGACGGAGUUCUGCUGCCUCCCUCCGAGAUGAAUGCGACGGGCUGGCAAAUGGCUGUGGCGCACGUGCUUUUUGUGUUUAUCACGGCCUGUUGCAAUCAGCCUUGUCGGCGAGUCAACCUUGUCCUGCGCCUCAUGGAGGGCCUCGCCGCGUCGCACAUGUACCUGAAGUACGGCGUCACGAAUGACGCAAAGACAGCAGUCGUACGAGCGCUAGCGGUCAACCUGAUGGGCUGGUGCGUAAGCGCUAUGUUGCGCGGCAAGGCUGCCCAGAGCUUGCGGCUGCGUCAGGAGCGGCAGCUGUUGAAGACGAGGGAGGCUUCCGCCACACCGCGGCCCGCGACAGCGAACACGGGCAGUUCUUUUUCGCCGUCGGCUGUAGACGCAGGUGCUCUGGUAAUGUCGCCCGAAGGCAUGCAUGUAAAGAAAGAGUUAUGAAGAAUUCGGCUUAUGGCUGGCACAAACCUUAUAAACAAGUAUGGUAUCAAUGUGUAAACAGUACGUGUGACACUGUUGAAAGGUCUUUUUCGUCGCCAAGUUGUCCAUGUUCCUCUUGACCGCUUUUAUUCGUGCACGUGGGUUUGGUGCUGUGACUCGCGAGGUGGUGUGUCAGGAAAUGGACGAACCCUCCUGCCAGGGUGCAAUCUGCUUGUUGGGUAGAUGCUGGUGUGUCAUGGGCAUGUCGGUAAGGUUUUCCAUAGUCAACAUCGGAUGUCACGGUAAAAGAUGCCGUUAAUGGUUUAUCAUCCGUUUCCGUCCCCUACAGUAAGCCAUCGAGGGGCGGUUUUAUCAGUGUCAUGGCCUCAGCAUCUGCGUGGCAUGUUUCAGUUCUCCAUGAUGUAUAUUUGGUAGCUUUUCAAUGCAGGCUAGCAAGCGUGUGUUGUGUGCUCAGUGCCUGUCGCGUCCUUUUCCACGCAGGUUCUGAUGUGCUAUUGACUCUGGUGGGCUAUUGCGUCGUGCUUAUCUGUUGCGCCUCAAGUGAAGCAUAGGCUGUGGUUCUUCCAAUGGCAUGGUUGCUGCCUGCUUGCCCAAAUGACAAUAUGCGACGGUUUUAAAAUUGCAUCCAUGCUUGCAGUAAGCCUAAUGUGUCUGUCAUGGUGUCUUGACGGCUAUGUGGCUGACGUGUGUGAUAUUUUGGUUGCAAAGCGGCUGCUUAAGGUCUCCUAGUGCUUGGCAACCUCCCACGCGCUGAGCUUGCAAGAAUGCGGGUUUCUUCGGAAGCCGCAGAGCCCCUUUCCUCCGUUAGAUGCAUCUUCUGGGAAUUCCUGUCACGGGCGAUUGGGAGCGAUAGGAGCGGCAUAUAUCACUGUAUUUGUUCCUUAUUAGUGGUGUUGUAUGCUGCAACGACGAUAGCCAGUUGGCUCGGCACAUGUGAUGCAUCCUGUUUCUGCUAUAACAUGUGGCGCAACGCCGAGCUCUAUCAGGCACUUCUUCUGAUGUCCCAUUGCAACUCUGUUGUGAAAGCCUAUCAUUGCCGUUGAUAGGUGCUAGAUUGGAUGUCCCAGAGGGAAAGUGGUGCCAAUACUGAUGAACGGUGGCGUAGCGUCUUUGUACGGCAUAUGACAAGGCCAUUGUACGACACACAUGGUAUUGGCAUGGUACUGCGCGUCUGCUGUUAUGCCGUCGUACGCCGCAACAUGAGUGCACUUCAGCUAGCUGGGCUGGUAUUCACGAAGACACCCGCCAUUCCUAACGUGAGGCGCGUAUUUCCUUAUGAAGCAGAGCCCGAAGACCGAAAGGUGUAGGCUUGUUAUCUAUGCACCAUUUCGCCGGGGACAUAUGCCCUGGCAGCGUCAUAGGUGUUCGUACUUCUGCUGCUGAAACUUGCUUGCACCAGGAAGUGGAGGCUACUAGUUAAGGGAGCAGUAGUGGCGCCCCAGAUUGUUAUGUUGUUGUUCUUAAUACGCCAUCAGCUGGCGCUUCUGCUGGUACCGUAUUCGGUUGGACGGGUUCGGUGGCAAGAUGGAGUCAUGAAGGUUGGAAUUAGAGACUUCAUCGUUCUUGGGUCGCCUGUCUUGGGGACCGCCGUAUAUGUGGCGAAUCUGUUGGUCCCUUCGACCUGCGUCAUGCUACUGUUGUCCGCUAGUCACCUAGCCCGUCUCUGCGUGUGGUGAGUAGGGGUAUGGCCUAGUGGUUUAUUAACACUCCGGUGAAUAAAAGCUGGAUUUUAUCAAUAAAGCUUUUCUGGCUGUGUAUUACACUUUAAUUACUUUGGUCGCACCAGAGUGCCUGAGCUGCCUGAGAAGAACAUGCCCAUACCGAUAUGUGUGCAUGAAAUUGUUAACAGCUAUGU